CAGGCUGCUUGAUUGCUCAGAUAGUCGUCUACAUUAGAGCUUCAGAGGAGUCCUCUUGCGUCCACAGGCUUCAGACAUUAAAAACCCUCCAGAAGACGAAGAGGCCUCGGGCAAAACCUGCCCCUCUUCAUCUUUCGCUCAUCGCCACGACAACGAGACCAUGACCCACGAGCACAACCUCUCAGACUACAUAAAUGGCACGCCGUGGUUCAUCCACGACUGCACCGAUCCAGACGAGGACUACAGGCGCAUUGGCCUCUUCCUGCUCUACCUCUUCAUCUUCGUGGUGGGCCUGCUGGAGAAUGUGCUGGUACUGUGGGUGAACUGGAGCAGGCGUCACUCCGCCAACGGGGUUCUCUUCUGCGUCAUCAACGUGAGCCUGUCGGACCUGAUGAUGAUUGUGAUCCUGCCCUUCUUCCUCAUGGAGGUGACCAUGGCCGACGCUUGGCUGUGGGGCCGCUUCCUCUGCAAGGUCACCAACCUCAUCUACAUGGUCAACUUCUACAGCAGCUUCUUCCUGGCCUGCAUGACCUUGGAGCGCUACCUGUCCCUGACCAGGCCCUCGUCUCCGGCCCUCUUCCCUGUGGUGGGCCGGCGGCGCUGGGUGCUCUGCGGAGGCCUGUGGCUCUUCUCUUUUUUCCUGGCCCUGUUUGAGAAUGUCCAUGUGGACCUUCUGGAGUGGGACGAGCCCGGCUGCUACAUGAUACCCGAGCACAACUACGACGACUGGUUUGUUUUCGUGCACUUCCUCUGCUCAAUCUUCCAGUUCAUAGGCCCCGCGGCCGUCAUCAUCACCUGCAACGUGCUGAUCGCUCGAGCGGUCAAAGCGACUCCAGAUGUGCAGGGCCGGCGGGACGUGUGGCUGGUGCACGUUUACUCCCUGGUCUUCGUCAUGUGCUGGCUGCCCUACCACCUGGUGGUGUUCCUGAUGGUCAUCGACCUCCUCGACCCCUACAUCUUCAACUGCAACACCAUAGAUUUCCUCUACUUCUCCUACAGCCUGGUGCAGUGCCUGUCGCUUUUCCACUGCGUCGCCAACCCCAUCCUCUACAACUUCCUCAGCCAGAGCUUCCGCAAAAACCUGAUCAACACGGUGCUGACCUACAUACCCAGAGAGGUGAAGCAGGUGGGAGCGGGAAACCAGCCCGGUGCUCCUAACGGCGGCGGCGGUCCGGGGGGGCAGCGCAAGUUGAGUAACGUCAGCACAAGCCAGUCUGACGUGGGAUCAUAAGACAGAAGCUGAGGAUCGAGUCAAGAACAGAACUAAACCCAGUCUCUGAAAACCAGAGUUCACUUUCCUCUCGUAAUCCACUUCCUGUUUUUCAUGUACUUCAUGUACCUGAUCAGUUUUUAAAAAAGAGGGAAGCAGGAAAUGUUUGAUGUCUUUUAGUUUUUCUUCUCAAAGCUGCUCAUCUCCCACAGGAAAACGUGGCGGCCUCUGAAAUGUGGCGGCAGCAGGAAUGUGCGUGUAAACAAAGCUGCCAGAUGAGUCGUGCUCGUCCACACGUUAACAUCUCACUUCACUGAAGGGACCAGUGUCACACGACGGAUCAAUUAAAGCAUUUAUUGUUGUACUGUUGUUGUCUUUAAGAUCUGUUCAAAUGCAAUAAAACUCCCUUCAACACU